UAUUAUAUUAAAAAUAUCAAUAUCUAAAUAUUCCAUUUAUUGUUUUUUUUACAAACAUUUUUUACGUACGAGUAAAACGGUGUUUAUUAUAAAAUGGGUGGUUGCCGAUGUACGUACCGUAACUGUACAGUGAAGUCGGAUGGAAAGACUCAUAUGUUUCAUUACCCAGUGUUUGAGAAAAUACGAUGCCACCAGUGGCUCGUGAACGCACAUAGACUUGAAUUUCUUGAUCUCAAAGUUUCCCAACUAAAGAAUAGAGUGGUUUGUCAACAUCAUUUCAAGGAAGAAAACUUUAUGAACUAUAAGAAAGACAAAUUAACUUUUGAUGCAAUACCAACAGAAAAUGGACCUUUUUGUGAUCCCACCCGAUUUGUAGACCAAUCACAGCAAAAAGCUAAAUUAUAUCCUAACCUUAUAAUGUUAGAAGAUAUUGAAAAUGAGGUAAUUUUUAAUGAUAAAAAGGCCAAUUUUUCCUUAAAAUAUGGUGAUUUUUUAACAAAUGGUGAGCUGAUGGACUCUUCUUCGCGGUACAAUUCAGACAAUAUAAAUCUUUCUACAAGAAUUGAUACAGGGAUACCUAAACAAGGUUUAUUCAAGACACGCUAUCCUCGACUAACUUUGCCUUCAAAAGCUGACAGUAAAGUCUUGCCACAACCUAUGCUCGUGGUCCCACCUUACUCAGACAUCAAUAUCAAUAUUGUGGAUGGUAAGCAAGUUAUCCAAGAGCCAACUGCCAAGAAUGUAUGUGAAAUAAAUUCAUAUAGUAAUAUAAAUAUAUUGUCAAGUGGUAAUAACUUAACAGAAAUUCAGUCAAAUAAUGUUCCACUUCAAAAAAGUAAUGAAAUUUUUGUGAAAGAGGAGCCUAAAAUUAAAAUAUUGUCAGAAAAGAAGAUUCAUAUACAAAGUCCAAUACCAGUAACAGGUAAACUUGAGAAGGUUUCACCAUCUACUCCUCUAAAUAUACCAAUUAAAAGUGAAGUAGGAUCUAAGAAUAUUAAGAAAUGUAUAAAAACUAAUAUAGAUAAAAGAGCUCCACCUUCGAAAAUUAAAGUUCUAGAAAUUCUAGAUGUAGAAUAUGAUAAUGUAACACCAAAACAAGAAAUAACAGAAGUAGUAUCAUCUGAUGCUCCUGGACCGAACACCAUUGAAAUGAUUGUGCCACCACCAGCCACCAAGUGUCAGCAGCUGCCAAAAACUCCACAAAUAAAAAAUAAAAUCACAUCAGAAAGAAUUGCAGAUAUUGAAAAGAAAAGAAAGUUUAAUAUGAGAAUGAAAGAUGUUUUGGAGACAUGUCUCGAUAAGCUAGAUGAUACAAUAAAAAUGAAAGAAAUGCCUCAAUCACCUAUUAAAACUUCUACUAAGUCGUUAUUAAAACGACCGUUACCUCAAGAACCUGAUCAACAAGACGGCACUCAUCUGAUCAAAGAACAGUGUUUACAAAGUAAUCAAGAACAUAUUAUUGCUUAUUUAGAUGCUCGACUAAAAUCUAUGGAAACAACUUUGUUAAAUAAAAUAGAACAGAACACACAGAAAAUUCUAGAAUUAAAAGAUACAUUUAUAAAUGUUAAAAGGGGUAAAGAACCAAAUGAGAAAAAUUUUAUAUGUGCAGAAACUAAAACUAAUGAAGAUAGUUACAAAAAAUUACUUUAUAAGGAAAUUUCUCAAUAUUUAAGUCCAAAUUCAAAUAGUUCAAUAUAUGAGGAACUUUUCAUAAAUAAAUAUUCAGUAGUUCACACAAGUCCACAAAGAAAAAAGAGAAGAAAACAGUAAUGUAAUGUUAUUAAUAUACAUAUAUAAUUGUUUGAAAUAUCGAGUUGCACAAUUAUUUCUAUGAAAUAAAAAUUGAGUUCAUAAAAAAUA